UGUAGAUGGGUUGGUCAGAGGGUCAGAGCUAGGUCGUCUUGGCAGAGCCAGUCUCGGUCUACGCUACAGUCCAAGGAAUGUCCAUUGGGGUAAAUUCACAAUAUCUGCACACCACAACCAAGCGCCAGCACAGCAGAACAAAAUCACCCACUCUUUGCUUUGGUCCUCCCACCCUAACACUUCCCACAACAGAAUAGCAGUACUGUGGUUUUCUCUUCUCUUUUCGCUCUCAAGAUAACCCACUAAGCCAAGAAGAAAAUGGCUGUUCUUUCUACUUCUUGUUUUCCCAUUUUCAAGCUCAUCUUUUUCUUCACUCUCAUGUCCGCUGCAGUUACUAUGUCAUUGCAACAGGAGCAACCUGUCCUCAACUCGGUUGAGCAGGACUCAGUUUAUCAAGUUCUCUCCUCCAUCAACUCAGCCAUCCCCUGGCGGACUCUCUUCCCUGACGACCUCUGCUCCUACCCUCCACAUGGCGUCGUCUGUGAUUAUUUUACGGACCCCACCACAAGCAACAUUACGGUUCACAUCACAGAACUGAGUUUCGGCUAUGUUUCGGAUUAUACACCGAACCCUGCUUGCUCUCAAAACUCCACUUUCAACCCUCUCCUCUUCACAUCCUUCAAACAUCUCCGCAAGCUGUUCUUCUACCAAUGCUUCACUGGAACCCAAGUUUUUGUCCCUGAGAUUCCGAUAAGCUUCGGGUCCUCUCUUGAAGAGCUUGUCUUUAUAAAUAACCCAGCUUUUGUUGGUCCUCUCAGCGGCAUUAUCCGUAAUUUCACAAGUUUGAGGAGGGUGGUUUUGAUUGGAAAUGGAAUUUAUGGGAGUAUCCCAGAUGGGAUGGGUGAUUUAAUAAACGUUGAAGAGAUUGCACUGUCAAGAAACAAGCUUAGUGGACAGGUUUCUGUUAGUUUAGCUAAGUUGAAGAAGCUGAAAGUUCUUGACUUAAGUGGCAAUGGCUUUGAUGGAAAUGUCCCUUGUUCAGUUGGCAAUCUCACUCAGCUUUUGAAGCUAGACUUGAGUUCAAAUGCUUUUUCUGGUAAAAUCCCAGGGAGCUUGAGUAACUUACAAUGUUUGGAGUUCUUGGAUUUGAGUUUUAACCGUUUUGGUAACUAUGGGGUUCCUUUGUUCCUUGCUGAAAUGCCCAGAUUAAAGGAGGUGUAUUUGAGUGGAAAUUUACUUGGAGGGGAUAUACCAGAAAUAUGGGAGAAACUAGGGGGUAUUUUGGGGAUAGGAUUUUCUGGUAUGGGACUGGUAGGGGGUAUUCCAGCUUCCAUGGGGGUGCAUUUGAGAAACUUGUGUUAUUUAGGACUUGAUAAUAACAAGCUCGAAGGGAAAGUGCCUGAGGAGUUUGGGUUCUUGGAGUUCGUUAGUGAAAUCAAUUUAGAAAACAACAAUCUGAGUGGGAGAGUUCCUUUCUCUGCUAAAUUUACUGCUAAGGUUGGUGAAAAGUUGAGGUUAAAAGGUAAUUCGGAACUCUGUGUUGAUGAGAAAUUGAGCCGUGGUAAAAGCAUUGGCAGCAGCGUGAGGGAAUUGAAGAAAUGCAGCAAACCAGACAUUCCCAAUCCUGUCCUCUUCAUUGGGGGUUCUCAUCAUUCAGGGCUGCUAUCAUCUUGCUUUCAUGUUUUGUUGCUGUUUUGGGGAGUCUUGGCACUUCUGCUUUGAUAUGUUUAUCAUCAAAGAGCAUGGAAAAACACUGACAGAUUUUACACAAACCAGUUAUACUGACUUGAAUUAAUAGGGACUUUUGGGAUUUGUUGGCACUGUAGCGCGGUGGGUAAAAUUAUGUAAUUACUAGUUUGUUUGUUUUGGUCAUGAAUCAAUGACAAUGAACAGAUAGGUAAACUUAUUCGGUUGCCAAGUAUCCACUUCCUUUUUGUUCGUUAUAUAUUUUUUUAUAUAAUUUUGCAGAUUUUGGAGUCUCUUAUGGUGAAG